AUGCUUCCGGCUGGAGGUAGGCGAUCUAAGAUUCGCCCGCCAAGGAAGUCACUUAUAGCAUCGUCUGUUGGCGGGGCAGGCUCAGAUGCUGCCUUGGAUUAUGAAAAAGCAUGGCUGGUAUUAUCAAAUGCCAUCAACCAGAUCCAGAGUAAAAAUGUAUCAAACCUUUCAUAUGAACAAUUGUACAGAAAGGCGUACAUACUAGUAUUACGAAAGUUUGGUGCAAGACUUUAUGACAACGUAGCGUCUUCAAUAACGCAACAUUUGUUACAAAGAAGAACAGAAUUGUUAAAGUUUAGUAACGAUAGCGAAGAAUUUAUGAAACAGACAAUAGUCGAAUGGGAAGAACAUAUGCAAUCUAUGAAGUUUAUAAGCGAUGUUCUUAUGUAUCUUAAUCGUGUAUACGUAAGGGAGCAUAAGAAGUUACUUAUUUAUGACCUUGGAAUCCAAUUAUUUAAAGAUAACAUUUUGAAAUAUAACGACAAUGAAGUGGGUAGUAAAUUAAUAGAGAUGGUGAUCGAUGAGAUAUCGCGGAAUAGAAAAGGUGAAUUUAUAACCACAAAAAUUUACAUUACAAAAAUUAUCAACAUGUUUGAAAUGUUGACAGAAUCUGGCCCAACUGAUAUACAGUAUGGCGAAAAUUAUUAUCAGAGGUAUUUUGAACUGGCAUUUCUAUCAAGCUCUGAAACAUUCUUUUAUAAAUUAUCUCAGGAAUAUCUUAAUUAUGGUCUUGGUGCCAGGUACUUGAUGGACACUUAUCAGUUUAUUAAGGAUGAAGAGAAAAGAGUUAACUUUUAUUUACCUUCUUCGACCUAUCCCAAGCUUAUUGAACUUAUGAACAACAUUAUGAUAAUAGAUAAAAUAGACCAAGUCAUUUGUUUUCCUCUUGAGCAGAAAGGCUUAUCAUAUUUAUUGGAACCAGUUUUGUCAAAUAUAUUUGAAAUGAAACCCAUUGAGCACCAUUAUAAUGAGCUUAGAACUCUCUACGAGUUGAUUGGAAGGGUUGAUCCGGAUUACAAGUUGCUAAGGAUGAGGCUCCGUGAGCAGAUUAUAAAUCAGGGGACGCGAAUGCCAAUUCUUGUGAAAGAGUCAUUGGCAUCAUCAAGUGCUAAUACUGCUAAAAAAGCUUCUGCGAGUUUAACAGCUUUUGCAAUAAAAUGGAUUGAAAGCGUAUUGGAAUAUCAGAACCAAUUUUCCUUAAUUUUAAAAGAGUCAUUUAAUCGGGAAUUCGUGCUUGAAGAAUGUGUUUCUACAGCCAUGAGGGACUUUAUAACAGGUAACCCCGGUACUAAAAGGCCCAAUAGCAACCCUGGUGCUCCAGAGUUGUUAUCAAUUUAUAUGGACCAUUAUAUUAAGCAAUUUCAGAAAUCAUCUAACGAAGUUAACAUUGAUCUUAGCUCAAGGGAUGAGUUUUUGAAUAAGUCAAUAUCAUUCUUGAGGUUUAUUCGGGAUAAAGAUGCCUUCGAAGCUCAUUAUGCAAAUCAUUUUGCGAAAAGAUUUUUGAAUGCAAAAGCAGGAAAUUCGAAAUUAGAAGGCAGUAAACUAAGUGACGACUUGGAAGAGCUUGUAAUCUCGAGAUUAUGUGACGAAUUGGGCACAUCCGCCUUGGAAAAAGUAAUCAAGAUGAAUAAAGAUAUCAAGCUGUCCAAUGACUUAACUAGGGAAUGGAGGAAACAUAGCAUAAAAUCUAAGAAAGACUAUCUCGUUGACUUAGAGUUAAAGAUUUGCAACGUUUCUGACUGGCCAAAAUCUAUGACAAAGGACUACAAAGGCUUUUCAAAUGAUUUAGGUAGCGAUGGUUUUUUAUGGCCCCGCCAAUUACGUCCAACUAUAAAGGAAUUUGAAGAAUUUUGGUUUUCGGGUAAAAAGAAUGACAAUAAAUCAUUAUACUGGUUCCCGAGGUUUGGGUCUAUGGAUCUUAGAAUUACGUAUCCCUCGAGAACUUAUGAAAUAAACAUGUCUACUUAUGCUGGGGUUAUCAUGUUGCUAUUUGCGCCUCAAUCAAUUAAGUCAGACGGAUCUCAAGUGACUGCAUUCGAAGAACUUAAAGAAUUUUCUUUCUUGGAAAUCAAAGAGCUAACACACAUACCUGAUGCUGAUUUGAGAAGACAGCUACAAUCCAUAGCCGUAGCCCCUCGUCUGAGGCUAUUGAUCAAAUACCCUAUGACGAAGGAAGUCAACGAUGGGGACAUUUUCAAAUUAAAUGCUGAUUUCAAGUCCACAUCACCUAAAGUCAAAGUUUUGACCGUGUCUGCAUCAUCUACUUCCAAAGGAGCAGACUCCAAGAAAACACAUGAGGAUGAAAACCAGGAGGAGGUUCAAUCUGACAUAACUGAGGGUCGAAAAUUUGUAGUGAAUGCGGCAAUUGUGCGUAUCAUGAAAUCUCGCCAUGACAUUUCACAUAAUGAUUUGAUUUCAGAAUUAGUUAAACAAUUAAGCAAUAGAUUUCAACCUCUGAUUUCUCUAAUCAAACAGAGAAUUGAGGAUCUUAUAGACAAAGAGUAUUUGAAGAGAGAUGACGAUGACAAAAGUAUAUACCAUUAUGUUGCUUAA